AUGUGGAAAGGGGUUGAAGCUUUUGAUGCUUUUGCUGGAGAGAAAUUUAAUUUGCGUGCGGCUUUGUUUUGGACUAUUAAUGACUUUUCCGGCUAUGCAAUGCUCUUUGGUUUGAGCAUAAAAGGUUACAAUUCAUGUCCUAUAUGCUUAGAUUCCACGCCUUCUGAUAGAUUUGGGAGCAAGAUUUGCUAUUGUAGCUAUAGAAAAUGGUUACCUUCAGAUCACCCAUAUCGAUGUCAAGGUGACAAGUUUUGUGAGAAGUUUGGAACUAAUGAGUGGGGUAAUGCCCCAUCUCAUCCUAGCGGCACUGAUAUAUUGAGGCAGCAAGAAAAGGUGAAGCAUGUUUACGGAAAGUCGAAGGCACCACCGAAAAAGAGGCAAAGAGAACAUGAUGAUGAUGAUGAUGUCCAAGAUGAAAGUGACUUUGGUACCAAGAGAAGCAUAUUCUUUGAUUUGGUGUAUUGGGAGCAUAAUCUUCUAAGGCAUAAUUUAGAUGUGAUGCACAUUGAGAAAAACGUGUCUGAGAAUAUUUUGGGAACUCUUCUUAGUAUGGAUAAGAGUAGAGAUAGUAGGAAUGAUCGAGAAGCCCUUGAAGCAUGGAGAAUAAAGUCUCACCUUUGGCUGAGUACUAUCCUAACGGAGGAUAUCCUUCCCGUUGCCUUAAGGGCCUCUAAAGUUACAAAAGUAAUUGACUUGUUGGCUAGAUUGUCUUCCUUUUUCAAGAAGUUGUGCUCUACUACUAUUGAUCCAGAUGAUUUAGAUGGUCUUCAAAAUGAAAUUAUUUUAACUCUUUGUGAGUUGGAAAAGGAGUUUCUGCCUUCAUUUUUCACAAUCAUGGUCCAUUUGUUGAUUCACUUAGUGGAGGAGGUUAAACUUGGUGGACCAGUGCAAUACAGAUGGAUGUAUCCCAUUGAAAGGUACUUGUCCCAUUUGAAAUCACAUGUAACCAAUAAAGCCCAACCCGAAGGAUCUAUUGCAGAAGGCUUCCUUUUAGAGGAGACAAUUAGGUUUUGUUCGAGAUAUCUUCAAGUUGUUAAGACCAUCUUCAACAUACCUAAAAGGAUGGAUGAUGACAUUCCAAAUCCCAAUGAUUACUUGUUUAAUUCCGGUGGUCGAGUUAUUGGGAAGGAGGUCAGCAUUCGCCUUGAUGACAAAAGCUUAAAACAAGCUCAUCGCUACAUUUUGCUUCACUCUGAUGAGAUAAAAGGGGAUCUGGAUGAAUUUUUAACCGAGAAACGUCAAAUGAACUUACAAAAUCCUGUCACGGAGAGUGAUGAAAGUAACUGGAUCAUCGAUGAAUUUGGAGGGUGGCUGCAAAAUAAGGUACAUUACAUAGAUGCAACCACCGAAUAUGGGAAACUAAGAAAAGCUUUGGCGGGUGGUUUGCAUUCUUAUGGUAGAAAAUUAAAAGGAUACAUAAUCAAUGGAUACAAAUUCCUUUCCACGGAUCGCGAUUCUCGUCUUUUGACACAAACUUCUGGAAUUAUGGUCGAAGCGGAUGGAGAUGCCUACUAUGGAAAAGUGAAAGAUAUCUAUGAAUUAGAUUAA